UUAGUUUCAAAUUGUGCCGGGGCUCGUGAUUGCUAUCAUCGAAAGGAGGCAUAAAAAGGAGGAUGGCGAUUCCGGAUUCAUUGUACAAGAGCUCCAUGAACAUGGCCAAGACCACUCUCCUAACGAUUGCUGCCAUGCUGGUCGUGGCUCUGAGGGCGAAAGCGGACAUCGACGACCCCCUUUUCAAGUGCCUGAUCGAUAAAGACUACAAUGAGAUUCUUAAUAUUGUGCAGAGAGGUCUUCCCCAUGCAAAGACACCACGCCACAUCGCUAUAGUCGGCGGAGGCAUCGCAGGUCUGACGGCCGCUCACUUCUUGGAAGGGGCGGGUCAUAAGGUGACGAUAGUUGAAGCCAGCGGGCGUAUCGGCGGGAGAGUGGAGACGUACAGGGAUAAGUGGGGAGGCUGGUAUGCUGAGUUCGGUGCUAUGAGGAUACCCAGCUUUCACAGAAUCCUGCUGAACUUCACUCAAAAGAUGGGCGUCCAACUGAACCCUUUUAUCCAGGACGACAUCAACACAUAUUAUCUCAUUAAUGGCACGUUAAUGAAGACGUACAAAGUGAAAAAUAACCCUGAUGCACUGAACUACCCUCUGAAAGAGUGGGAGCGUGGGAAGUCAGCCAGUGAGCUCUUCAGCAUUGCUUUGUGGAAGAUUAGAGACGACUUGAAGAAAAGUGGCAAUAACUGCACAAAAAUUUUGGAAAAAUAUGACUCCUACUCUGUUAAGGAGUACCUGGUGAAAGAGGCACUCCUGAGCCCUGGAGCACUGCAGAUGAUUGGCGAUCUCCUGAAUGAAAACAGUUUCUUCUACACAGCGCUGACAGAAUCUCUGCAUAUCCAGGCCGAUAUCAACGACAAUACUACGUACUAUGAGGUCACUGGCGGUUUCGACCAUCUGCCAAGAUCAUUCUACGAGACUCUGAAAGGCACCAUACUCCUCAACUCCCCGGUCAGGCGCAUCAGUCAGACGGAAAGUCACGUCACCGUGUCCUACCAGGACCAGCACAACUCCGCUGCCUUGACCAACCUGACGGUCGACUACGCCCUGGUCACAGCCACAGCUAAAGCUUCCCUCUUCAUUGAGUUCCAGCCUCCACUCUCAUCCAAAAAGAUGGAGGCCCUGCGGUCUGUGCAUUACGCCAGCUCCACCAAGGUGGUGCUGAGCUUCAGUGUGAGGUUCUGGGAGGAGGAAGGCAUCAGGGGUGGGAAGAGCAUCACGGACCUGCCGUCCCGCUUCAUCUACUAUCCCAGCCACAACUUCACCAACACCACUGGGGGCGCAAUCCUGGCCUCCUACACUUGCUCGGAUGACUCCACCCUCUUCCAGGGCAUGUCUGAUGACAGGGUGAAGGAGGUGGUGCUGAAUGACCUGGUGAAAAUCCACGGCGAGGGCAUCCGGCGCCUCUACAAUGGGGGCGUGGUGAAGAAAUGGGGCCUGGACCCCUACAGCCUAGGAGCAUUUGCCAUCUAUACCCCAUUUCAACACACUAGCUACGCUAAUGACCUUUUCAAGAAAGAGCACAGGAUCCACUUUGCUGGAGAGCACACAGCCACGCCCCAUGGCUGGAUUGAGACUGCCAUAAAAUCAGCGAUAAGAGCUGCAAAAAACAUAAACAAUCUCAGGGAGUAGCAACUGCCAGUGUGGCACACUCAAAGCCAGAAGGCACAGGGAGAACCUGGCUGGAGGGAAGACUGCUAGGGGAACAAAACUGGCGGUACUUGACUGAAAAAACAAUGUCAGAAUUGGUGGAAUUAGUCAAUGAAUUUCAGAAAAAGCAAUACUGUUAUGCAAAUGUUUCAACUUUAUAUGUUUGGAGGGAAUGUGGUGCUUUUGUCAAGUUAUUUCUAAAUGUAAACACUUAGGUUUUGUCACCUGGAUUGCAUUAUGUAAAGAUAUGUGUGAUUUCACAAAGUAGUGCACUCAAGCAACAAAACAUAAGAUACAUCAUCAUUCUAUGAAUUUGAUUCUUGUACUAUACAACUUUGACAAAAGAAUGUAGGAUAUAAUUUUAUUGUUGGUAUUCAUCCAAUUUUAAUGCCAGUUGAUCCAGAUCAUUGUAUUUAAGGAAUAUGUAGCUUGCAUAUUUUAUAUAUAUAUGAAAUCCAUUAAUUUACAACAAAAAAUGUGUGCGGUUUUACAGCCUUAUAUAUAUCCAUAAACACAAUUUGUACAAAGUGGAUAAUUUUCUUUAGGAAUUCAGGCAAAGGGUAUACACUCACCUCUUUCUCAAUGAGCCAGCUGAAAGCGAUUGCUUCUCUGAGUUUCCACCAUCCACCAUUAAGCCUAUAACUUGGUCUUAAAUGCAGCGAAAGGAAAGAGUGCACGUUUAGUGACCUCAGGUAAGGAAUUCAGCAAAAGGCUCAGUCUUCUGAUUUUACUUUAUUUUUUUAACAUUUAGGAGAUACUUCUCAGCUGAUUCAAACUGAUUUCAUGGUCUAAGGCACUGAAGGUCUGACUGCAGUCAGCAGCUAAGCGAUGCAGAGCUUUAAAAGUGAUUGUUAAUAUCUUAAAAAGCUAUCCUAACUAUGAAUAGUAAAAAGUAAUAAUUUCUAGUAUGUUGUACAAUUCCAAACUUCUAGUAGGUUUCACAUUUAAGAUGGAGUUUAUAUGGAUUAUAAUUUCAGAGAAUUAAUCAUAAGUAACCAAUUCCAAGUUUGCAUUUUUUUUAAACGAAGAACGCCGAGAUUUCCAUUAAACUAUUAUGAUUAACUGAU